AUGAGAUCCUUAUUGGUUGUCCUGCCAUGGCUACUAGCUGUGCCUGUGGUGGCAAGCCAGGCUGAGGAAGCUUGUGCAACCCACCUCGUGCAGAGGAAGGCACAGGCACGCUUCGCUGAGGCGAGUUCUAGCAACAACAAGAAGUUGGGGGACGGAAAGAUAUGGGAUGUGUUCGAUUUCAUUGGUGCUGUUCACCACAAGUCUGGCGUCUACCUUUUGCACAAGAUUUGGUUCUACUUGUUCCAGGGCGUCCUGGGUGCUCAUGAUGACGACAUGGGUAUGGUCAUAACACCUUGCUACACAAUGUGCCGGAACACCGAUGCGCCCAUCCUCUGGAUGGUUGACAUGAUGUCGCCCGAGCUCGUGGAGCGUGAACGGGCCAGUGCGAAAGCGAAGGGAAAAGGCUUGCGAGUGGCAGGACUCCUCAGAAACCCUGUUACCAUGGCUGUGUCUGCUUACUGCUACCAUGCCGGUGGUGCAGAGAAAUUGAACUUGGUCUUUAUGCCUCCAGGAUGGCCCUUGGUCAACGUAGAAACAAUGCCCCCAGAAUUGGGGAUCCCCUUCGUCGCAGAGCGAAUGCUCCAGUAUGUGAAAAACAUGACAGAUUUGUACGAGCAGGACGGUAAUGCGUUCUUGCACUACGAGAAAGCAACAUCUUCUUCUGAGGCGUUUGACCAGGAGGUGAAACAGUUUUUGGAUGCUUUAGUCGGCGACAUCAUCUCGAACGAUGAGAUGGAGCAGGCGCUCGAAGCGGCGACGUGGGCAGACCUGCACCGCCACCCCGAAAGCGAUGAAGGCCACACCACCGACUACGAGUGUAGGGCAAAGACCCAAGAAGCAUUCGCUUCGGUCGUGCAAGAAGACGUUCUGGCAGAUCCACCUUGGCUAGCGGCCAGCGCCGUGAAGGUUCUCUUCAAAAGUGCAGGCAGCUCUCCCGUUGCUUUCAGGCCGUUCCGAAAGCAGACGAGCUGGCAAAGAUUCUGGAAAUGUGACCUCGGCCGAGUGUUCGAUGUGCAGGGUCCUCUUUCGACCGCUUGCAAUGCAUGCCCUGAUGAUGCGAAGACUUCCGUGGUGGACAUUAGUCAGGCAGCCGUAGGCUCAAACCCACCUUGCUGCGCUCACGAAGCGCCACCAGGUAUCGUCUCGCGCUCAGGUUUGCACCUCGUCGGCCAGCGCGAUCAACUGCAGGGCUCCCGUCGCAGCAGGUACCGACUGUGGCUGAAGACAGGCUGCCUCCUUGGCAAGAGAUCUGCACAAACAGCAUGGGCUUCCGUCGAACAGACCAUGACCGACGUCGUUGGCUGGGCUACAAAGAAAACCUCUGACGGACUCAUCUCUGGAGAGAUCAACCAGAACUGGCUGUUUUGCAUCCCUAUUCAAGUUGGCCCGGCCACAGAAUAUGCCAGGGGUGCUCGGCAUUGGUUCGCCUUCAUCAUCCUCACGCAAGUGGGCCAAGCCGUGGCGCAACUGAUUCUCAGCGGUGCUUUGCUGACGUCCAUCAUGAUGGCUGUUACCGCGCUCAUUGGGCUUUAUGCUUGGUAUCAAGAUAUGAAUAUCACAUACAUUUGUCUCUGGGGAGCCGCAAGCCUUUUCCAAGGGCUCAUGACCUGUAUCUCCAGCUUGCUUCCAGCAAUCACCGGCGUGCUGUCGUUUGACGUUUGGAGCCUGGUGCUGCUCAUAAGCGUUCCUGUGGUAUAUUUCCUGGCAGCAGCAUUCGCCUGGCAUCUUUACAACGACUACGCGGAGGAUCACGGAAAAAAAGCCUAUGCUUUCGAUCCUUUCGGCAAGUAUGCUGCCAAGUACGACCCGCUGGCGAAAGUGCCCAUAUCGGACAGUAUGCUGGACAAAGCUGCAGACCGCCUCUUCACAUCAGAGGGAGGUCCCAUCUUCCAAGGCGGCGAUUAUGGCUCAACAGUGGCGAUAGCUCUGUCCAACGGUCUGACUCAAAUUCAGCCGGUGGUGCUGGUUGCGGGUGUCGCCGUGGCAGUGUUUACACAGCCCUACGGCCUGACUGUCCCACCGCUCGGAUCUCGGUAUCUCAAGGACAAGUUCGUUGGCAAAGCCAGCGACCAUGUGGCGCUGUUGACAGCAUGGGGACCCAAGGCGAUAGCUGACAGUGAGGGCGAAUUCGGAGAAGUGGCUGCCUUGAUGCGAUUAUCUCUCAAGGCCUAUCAGACGACGCUGCAGGCGAACAAGACGGACUUUCAGUUCGAGGUAAGCCGAGAGGGUGAAGGUCGAGACUGCUUGGUCAUGCCACCUUCUAACUUCGCACUCCUGGGCCUGAAGGAUACCUUUCACAUGCUGCUCAAGGGUUUCCGGGUGCUCCUCAUCGUGCAGCCACGGUUUUUCCCUCACUUUCGGGAAAUACAGCUAGACUUGGCCAGCUGCGGUUUGCCAGACGGUCUCGUCGAGGUUCUGCCUGGCAUCACUCCUGAUGCUGAUCCAGAGGUCCUACACGAGGCGCUUAGGCAAGUGGACCGUUUGCAGUUCACAGGUUCCUCGGCCAUGUUCAAGAGCCUUGUUUUGAAGGCUCUUGAGUUGGGAAACCUGCGCAUGGAGCACGCCGGCGAGGUCAGCGGAUUGAACAAGGUUCGGUUGGACAACGUUUCAGUGUCGCAUCCAGCUGUGGCACGUGGUACGUGCUGGGCAGCCAUGGCAAACAACGGCGAGCUCUGCACAUCUGCUUCCUUGGUGGAGUUUGACACAUCCGUGGGAGACAAUGCCGAGAUGGUCAAGACUGCCUUGGACGAGGCGCAGAAGGCCUUCAACAUAGGGAGAGAUCCUGCUGACACCAGGCUCGACAUACUCUUGAGAGACGGGAAGACGGAGCAGCUGGAAGUGAAGACACAGGAGCCAGCCGAUGGAUUCCGGGAGUGGUGGGAGAAAGCCAUCCUGGCAGCCCCGAGGGACGGGCCGCUUCAGCUACGCACAAAUCAGUCCCUAGGACACUGCGUCUAUGCACCAAGCGUUAGUCGUGCCGUCGAGCUCGGGACCAAGGAGGAUGCGUCGAACAUCUAUUGUGUCGGGGUGCCACAGGAAGCAUCUGCCCCAUCUGCACGUGCGGGCACCACGGGCGCCAAGCUGCCAGAGAGUGCCUUCGGCGGAAUGAAGAGUUACACUUACGCCGUCGCUGGUGACCAUGAUGGCGUCGGCACUGUCCAGACCCUCUUUGACGUCACCAAGCGACGAGGACCAAACUACCGCGACCAGGAGGAGGCAUAUGCUCAGUACGAACUGACGGAAGUGGCUGAGAUGCUCCUCGAAUUUCUGUCGCCCAGAGAUCAGAUGAGCUUCACAAAGCAAAUCUCCAAUGUGUUGGAGAUCUUCUCGGCUUUCCAGCCAGAGCUGACGGCGUCCUACGGUGGUCAAGGACUAGUGAAUGCAGACGGCCGGAGCCAGUUGGUGACGCUGCAAGUGCUAAAGCCGGACGAGACCUCGGGAUAUCGACAUGGAGAAUACUUGUUUCUGAGCUGUCGAGUUUGCAAGGGUGUGCAGUGA